AUGGAGCCCGAGGACCCCGCCACCAGGCGCUCGCGGCGUAGCAAACCUCUGGUGCCGCAGCGCGUCCGCUCGACCAUGCAGCACCGGAGCUCCGUCGGCGAGGUGACGUUCGCCGACGAGGCUACCAUGCGGAACCAGGUCACGUCGCGCUGCUCGCUGGAAUUCGCGCAAGGCGGCGCGCAGCCCCAGGAGAGGAUCCCAAGCCAGAGUGUGCUGGCGAGCGAGCGGUUCGGCGUGCCCAUCAUGCCCGUGUCGCAGCGGCGGUCCCGCACCGUCUCCCUGCGGCCGCUCGCGGAGGACAGCAGCGGCGGCGACGGGCCCUCGAGCCCGCUCGCAAGCAUGCCGUCGGUCAUCAACCCCUUCCACAGCGGCGUCGACAGCCUCGCGUCGCCCCAGGAGGGCGCCGCGGGGCUGCAGUACCACAGCCUGCUGCACGCCGCGGCCGAGGUGCAGUCGCGGCGGCACCAGACGGAGCUCGUCGACGCGGAGUGCCACCCGCGCAAGUCGUGUCCGGGGCUCGGCAUCUCCGCGCACGAGGACGACGACGAGGCGACGGAGUCCCCGCAGGAGGCGCGGCGGAACAAGCAGAGCCAGCCCCUGCCCGCGGGCGCGGUUCCGGAGCACCAGCGGCGAACGCGCAUCAGCAUGCCGCUCAAGCAGUCCAGCACCGCGCGGGGCGCCGUCGCGCCGGAAUUCGAGAAGCUGAACAUGCGGCCGACGGUGAGGGUCACGUCGUCGAAGCUCGGGAACGGCGGCAGCGGCAGGGGCUACGACCCGCUCCGCGGGCCCCGCACGAACCGCUCGAUCGAGAGUGAUAAGCACACGACAGCACACAACACGCCCGCGUCAGGCGCGCGGAUCAUGGGGCCGUGGGUGCGCACGUCGUCCACGAGCGGCGUCGUGCCGGGACCGCUGCACGAGCAGAAGGACAGCGUCCUGUACCGGAGCGUCGCGGAGGAGGGGCCAACCCCCAGCGUGCCGCUGCGGAGGUCCGGCCUGUGCGGGUGCUUCAGCAAGAGCAGCACCGUCGCGUGA